UCGGGCCAUUUAAAUUUGCCAACCAUUCUCUCUCUCUAAAAAGCCGUUGAAGACUCCUUCAAGUCUUUCGACCUAACCUCUCUCUCUCUCCAAUAUAUACAGGUCGUCUAUUCCAAUUAUCAUUCCUGUUCUAUAUUUGAUUUCUUCAGAAGAAACGAAGUUCCAAGCGAUUUCUCAAUCUUUCUUCUCUCUAGAUUCUUUACCUGUGUUGGCGAUAUGGCCCGUACAAAGCAAACUGCUCGUAAAUCUACCGGUGGAAAGGCUCCGAGGAAGCAACUUGCCACAAAGGCUGCAAGAAAAUCAGCCCCAACGACUGGCGGAGUCAAGAAACCUCACAGAUACCGUCCUGGAACUGUCGCCCUUCGUGAAAUCCGAAAAUACCAGAAGAGUACUGAGCUUCUCAUCCGCAAGUUACCCUUCCAACGCCUUGUCCGUGAAAUUGCUCAAGAUUUCAAGACUGACUUGAGGUUCCAGAGUCAUGCUGUGCUUGCGCUUCAGGAGGCUGCUGAAGCAUACCUUGUGGGUCUCUUUGAGGACACAAACUUGUGUGCCAUUCAUGCUAAGAGGGUGACAAUCAUGCCCAAGGACAUCCAGCUCGCCAGGCGUAUACGUGGGGAGCGUGCUUAGUUCUUCUUAGUUAGCUUAUGUUUCUAGAAAUCUUUUGAAUGUGUAUGUAAACUUACAUACUAGAAACCUUUUGUUAUGCUUUUGAAAAAACAGACAAUUAAUUAGAAAGACCCUAUUUGGUUUUUGUAAAUUUCUUAAGUCUCCUGUUCUGCAUUUGGAUUGAUUAUGAAUUUUUAUUGUCCUUUCGUUCAUGUUGCACAUGGUAUUCUUAGGUUGGAGAUUAUUGGAUGGGUUGUUUAUUAUGGUUGUGAUUGUUUUGAGCCUGCUGUGAUUGAAUGGUG